UUGAACUUUGGUUCGUGGACGAGCUGUGACUGGAUGAGAGAACGUGAGGCCAUCGGGCCUCUGAGUUCUCAGAAGUGGUUGGUCACAGAGCUGGCGGGCUACACCGCCAGGGUCCACAACAUGUUCCGGGUGUUCGAGGACGUCCAGAGGGGCGUUUACAAGCGCGCCUCUCUGUCGGACUCCAGCGGGACGAAGAAGAAGAGCAAACCGGAGAUGCACAUCGACGGGCCGCUGGAAAUAAAGGGUGAGGUGAUUGAUGUGGACAAAGGUAUCGUGUGUGAGAACGUUCCCAUCAUCACGCCCAACGGAGACGUGGUCGUCUCGUGCCUGAACUUAAAGGUGGAGGAGGGGAUGCACCUGCUGAUCACGGGGCCCAACGGCUGUGGGAAGAGCUCCCUGUUCCGGAUCCUGAGCGGCCUGUGGCCCGUCUACGGGGGCCGGCUGCACAAGCCCUCCCCCCAGCACAUGUUCUACAUCCCCCAGAGGCCCUACAUGUCCAUCGGCUCUCUGCGGGAUCAGGUGAUCUACCCGGACUCCCUGGAGGACAUGGCCGCCCGGGGCCUGACCGAUAAGGACCUGGACGCCAUCUUGGAAAUCGUCAACCUCAAUCACAUAGUGACCCGAGAGGGAGGUUGGGAUGCGGAGCUGGACUGGAAGGACGUGCUCUCCGGGGGGGAGAAGCAGAGGAUGGGGAUGGCCCGCAUGUUCUACCAGAGGCCUAAAUACGCCCUCCUGGACGAGUGCACCAGCGCCGUUAGCAUCGACGUGGAGGGGAAAAUAUUCCAGGCUGCGAAAGACGCCGGAAUCUCACUGCUGUCCAUCACACACCGGCCCUCACUGUGGAAGUACCACACCCACCUGCUGCAGUUCGAUGGGGAGGGCGGCUGGCGCUUUGAGCAGCUGGACUCGGCCACGCGUCUGUCUCUGACGGAGGAGAAGCAGCGGCUGGAGGCGCAGCUGGCCGGCAUCCCCGAGAUGCAGAGCCGGCUCAACGAGCUCUGCUCCAUCCUGGGGGACGACUCCGUCCUCCGCACCGCCCAGGAGAAGUACCACACCCACCUGCUGCAGUUCGAUGGGGAGGGCGGCUGGCGCUUUGAGCAGCUGGACUCGGCCACGCGUCUGUCCCUGACGGAGGAGAAGCAGCGGCUGGAGGCGCAGCUGGCCGGCAUCCCCGAGAUGCAGAGCCGGCUCAACGAGCUCUGCUCCAUCCUGGGGGACGACUCCGUCCUCCGCACCGCCCAGGAGUAA